GGCCCAGCUCCUCUUUCGAAUAACACGGCACCCGAGCGUGAUCACCUCCUCUUUCCUCUCCGGAGCCGAGGAAGAAGACGACAUGGCCGCGCCCCUGCGACAUCGCACUCUCCCCCUCGCCCGCGCCCUCCUCUCCCCGUCGCGAUUGCUCUCCUCCGACACCGCCCUCGUCGAGAUCAAGCCCGUCGAGAUCGGGAUCGUCUCCGGGAUCCCCGAAGAGCACCUCCGUCGAAAGGUCAUGAUAUAUUCACCAGCUCGCACCGCAACUCAGCAAGGUUCUGGGAAAGUUGGAAAGUGGAAAAUCAAUUUUCUGUCAACCCAAAAGUGGGAGAAUCCAUUGAUGGGUUGGACCUCAACUGGGGACCCAUAUGCCAAUGUAGGUGAGGCAGCGCUUAGUUUUGAUAGUGAAGAAGCUGCAAAAGCAUUUGCUGAGAAGCAUGGAUGGGAUUAUGUGGUGAGGAAGCGUCAUACCCCUCUUUUAAAGCCCAAGGCCUACGCAGAUAAUUUCAAGUGGAAGGGACCCCCCAAGACCGACGAAGACUAAGCAACAUCGCUAUUGGAUCAUGAUUGUGAGGAGAAUGUCUCAAUUCGUACUGGUCGUUUUCAUCCAUAGUAGCAUUAUCUAAUCAAUUUCCCUUUCUCUCGAACCAAACUCAUGCUAUCAAAACUCAUUAUCUUUCUCCGCAUAAUGUAAUAAUAAUAUGUAAGAUUAAUAAUAUAAUUAUACUAAUUAUAUACACCCAUUACAUACUCA